AACUCGAAGUGAAGACUGCCAUGGACAGUCGUCGUAGUCGUCGCUCGCUCCUCUUCUUCCCCUAGUCCGAUGACGUUCUCGGCUCUGGACGCUAGCUACCUCCGAUGACCACGCGCCACGCGCCUCCCGUGCGGGUCCUGACCCGCCCCCCUCUCGCUCCGCCUCCGGCCCCCGCUCCGCCUCCCCCCUCGGAUCCUCCUCCGCCCUCCUCGCCCGCUCCUUCUCGGGGCAUCGUGGUGGUCGGUUUCAUCGCUCGGAGCGCCGACUUCUCGGCGCAACUCCUUAACAAGGUCCUCGAUCUCAACGCCUUCGGCUCGGGCGGUGUCGACCAGGUGCUCCGCCUCGACGGCGACGAAGCGAAGGAAUGGUUCAGGUGCAGGAGGGUCAGCUAUUACUACGACGAGGAGAGAGGCGUCCUCUACUUGCAGUUCUGCUCGACGAGCUGCCCGGCGGCUCACCCGCCCUCCGAGGCCGCGUCGGGGUUCGAUUCAUUCGUGGAGGAGCGCGAGUUCGGGGACCUUCAGGGAUUGCUUUUCAUGUUCUCUGUUUGCCAUCUAAUCGUACAUCUUCAAGAAGGAUCACAUCUUGAUACCCAAACUUUGAAAAGUUUUCGUAUACUUCAAGCAGCUAAGCAGGCUUUAGCCCCAUUUGUGAGGUCCAAAACUAUGCCAAUGCUGCCAUCCAGACCUCAAUCUUCCUCAUCUUUACGACAUACCGUGUCAUCAGCCUCUAUUCACAACGUUUCCCCAGGUAGAAGUCGUAAUAUGAAUCGUAAUGCAUCUGCUAUAUCACUUAUGUCCGGUUUAGGUUCAUCCACAUCUUUGUUUCCCGGGCAGUGUACUCCUGUCAUACUCUUCGUCUUUGUUGAUGAUUACUUGGAGGUGGCACAUGCAAGCUCGCAUGUGGAGGAGGCUGCAGAAACCUCCUCAGUUAAUGCCAGUGCUAAUUUAAGCAGUUCCUCUAGAUCAUCAGCCUUGCCUACAAAAGCUCCUGGUUCUGUAGUUGUGCUAGCACGCCCUAUUAGUAAGUCUGAAGGUGGUUUCAAGAAGAGGCUACAGUCAUCUCUCGAAGCGCAGAUUCGCUUUCUCAUUAAGAAAUGUCGAACGCUCUCGGGAUCUGAAACUGGUCAUGCUGGGUCAAGAGGGGGUGCCUCAAGUUCUGCACCAUUAUUUCUGCUUGAUGCUUCAAGGGCUGUUGUUCUGCUUGAUAGAUCAACAAAUCAGAGAGGCGAAUCUCUUGAAUUUGCAACGGGCCUUGUGGAAGAUGUUUUGAAUGGAAAAGCAACUUCAGAUUCUCUCUUGCUUGAAAGCCACAGUCAGAGUAACAACAAGGAGGAUGUAAUAUCCAUAAAGGAAUUCAUCCAUCGGCAUUCUGAUGUCUUGAGGGGUAGAGGGGUGGCGAACACCAAUGGUGGCUCAGCUGCUGGUGUUGGCAUGGUUGCUGUUGCUGCAGCUGCCGCAGCUGCUUCAGCGGCAUCUGGCAAAGCAGUUACAGCUCCUGAACUUCCAAGUCUGGAAUCCUGGCUUUCUUCCAGUGAGAUUGUCCUUCAUGGGGUCCUUACGGGAAAACGUGGAUGUAUAGAUGAAAUCGAAGUUUCCAAGAGAAAGCCUAGGCAGCGAAAUAUCAAUUCCCCUCAGGUUGAAGGCAUCGCAUUGAAAGGUGCGGAGCCUGUAGAUGUUGCAGUAUCUUGGUUGGAGAGAGGAAAAGGACUCAACAUGAAGUUUUCAACUUCAUGGUGCCAAAAAGCCCUUCCAUCUGCUAGGGAGAUCUAUUUGAAGGACUUGCCUGCUUGUUAUUCAACUUCUCAGCAUGAAACUCAUUUGGCAAGGGCUUUGCAUGCUUUUCGCUCAAUGGUAAAAGGACCUGCAGUGCAACAUUUUUUGAAGAUGUUAAAGGAUGAAUGCGUAUCAAUCUGGACAUCUGGAAGGCAACUGUGUGAUGCUGUAAGUUUGACUGGAAAACCAUGUGUGCAUCAAAGACACGGUAUUGAGGAAGUUGAUUCCCUUUCAACAGAUGCCAAGCCACAUUCAAGUGGAUAUGUUUUCCUCCAUGCAUGUCCCUGUGGCCGUUCACGGCAAUUACGAGCUGACCCUUUUGACUUCAAAUCUGCCAACAAUGUUAACUGCUCUUCAGAUUGUGAAAAGCUACUCCCUGCACUUCAAUUGCCUGAAAUAAGCAACAGAGAACCUAUUAAUGCGUCCUCAUGGCGUUUGUUACGUCUAGGGAAUUCAAAGUACUAUGAUCCUUCCAAAGGUUUACUGCAGAGUGGCUUCCAUGCCAAUGAAAAAUAUCUUCUGAAAUGGACGAUUUACCUGGAAAAACAGAAGAAGAUUUAUGGUUUACCACCAAAGACAAUUCAACUGGAUGAUACAGUUAGGUCAGACACAGACGUGGUAUCUGAUUCUAAUACAUCCACAGACAUGAAGAGGAACGUUAAUAUGAAAUCAUAUCCGGGACAUGUGCAGCAUGGCAAUGACAAUUCAGAGAAGACUGAUGCUAUCUUUUCUGACAGCAAAACAAUUAGUUUUGGGAGAGGUUUUCCCAAUUUUAUGAUCAAAAGACCUUUUUCUGAGGUAGUUGCUGGAACUGCAGCUGCUGAUUCGGCUUUUCCUCCUCUCCGGCAGAGGAAACAGCCUCCUUUAGUUACAGAAAAGGUGAUUAAGGAAACCAAUCCAGUAGAAAGUGCUCCAGAACAGAUACACACAAAUGUUGACCAUAAUGCAUCAAACAGGUUUCGGGGUAUUUCUGAUCAAAUCGAUUCAAAUAGGAUUGCUUCUAGUAAAUUUCAUGCGGGUAACCCUUUUGUACAGAUAGGUAGCAAUAUUAUACCCGUAAACAUGAGUGCUGAUGAAAAGGUCUCAUCAAGAACAUCCUUGAAGAAUGUUUCAUCUUAUUUUGGGUUUGAGUAUGAGUGUCCGCGUGGCCAUCGUUUUCUGCUGAAUCGAAAGUGUCUUGAUGAACUUGGGUCAUUGUAUUCGCCACCAAAUGAUUCUGACUUUCCUCUGUUGGAUGUGACUUCUGAUUCUAGUCAAUUGGAUGAGAAUGGUGGUAAUAAUAAAGUUCAAUUGGGUUCAGAUGGGAUUGCGUCCACCAGAAAGAAGGUGAGAAAUAUGAACAAAUCAAAAGAGACCCCGGCCAAUGGUAAUUUAGUGCAUAAUCAGUCAACACACUUACCUGGUAAAAGAAAAGAACAUUAUCAGACAACAAGCAGGUUGUCAAGAGCUCCUGAGUUUGUGGAAGACUUGGAAGAACGUCUUCACUCCAUCAGCCUUGAUAAUGGUGGUUGUGCAUCCUCUCUGUUGAAUCGGAAAUUACCUAUAUACAUGAACUGUCCACACUGCAAGUUCUUGAAGAAGAAGGAUACAUCAAAUGUGCAAUUUGCUAGCACUGUAUCGCAGCUCCAGAGGAUUUUUCUGGUCACUCCGCCUUUUCCAGUAAUAUUAGCCAUUGAUCCGGUCAUACAAUUUGAGGCAUCUUGUCUUCCUUUAUCCAUUCCCGACUGUGAACAGAAAUUGAAAUUCAACCUUGGAUGUCGAGUGAUUUUACCACCAGAGAGCUUUCUCGUGCUUAGGCUUCCUUUUAUCUAUGGCAUACAACUUGAGGACCAGUUGCAUCCUCUUAGGCCUUUCGAACAUCAACCUGAGAAAACUGCCUGGAUAAAAGAAUCCACAACUUUGCUGAUUGUGUCCAAGGAAGGCAGCCCUAACGAAGGGGAUUCUGCACUAGAUUGAAUUGACGGAAUCUCUAAAAUGGCUGCUAAAGUGGUUGUCUUCUUGAAAUUGACAGAGGCAACUUGUGCUGAGACCUGCACUUAGGCGUGAUACAUUUGUACCUGGUGAAGACUGCCUAAUUGGUUUUUGCAAUGUCUGAUGAGUUGAUAAAAUUUGAGAAUGCAGACAGUUGCCAGUCUUUACAGGUCCUUGGACCUCUCUGUGGUGGGUGGAUCGGAGGGGUGAAUCUGAAGGAAGCUACAUUGCAUCAGGAUGUUAUCUCCAUCACUUCAGCUUCUCAAGAAAUUGGGGCAAGCACGGAUACUCCGAUCCCAUUUAAGUGGAAGACAGUAAAGCCACCACAGAGCUGUACAGGAGUUGGAUCAAGCUAACAGAGUACAUUUUGGAAUCACUGCUCCUUUCUUUCCUCCGUUUAGAAGAUGCAAUAUUUCAUGCUAAGUGCUCGAAAUGUUUAGCCGCUGUGAUACCUGAGUAUACUUGCUUGCGGAAUCACAAGAACACUUGUCGCUUUCGUUGGCAGAUUUUAGAUGAUGAUGAUAAAU